AACUGCCUGAUAAAGAGAGAUGAGAAUGGUUAUUCUGCAGUAGUGGCUGACUUUGGCCUUGCUGAAAAGAUCCCUGAUGUCAGCAUGGGGAGUGAAAAGCUGGCUGUGGUGGGCUCACCCUUCUGGAUGGCACCUGAGGUUCUCCGAGAUGAGCCCUAUAACGAGAAGGCGGACGUGUUUUCUUACGGUAUCAUCCUCUGCGAGAUCAUUGCCCGCAUCCAGGCUGAUCCAGACUAUCUUCCCCGCACAGAGAAUUUCGGUCUGGACUAUGACGCGUUCCAGCACAUGGUGGGAGACUGUCCCCCAGACUUUCUGCAGCUCACCUUCAACUGCUGUAAUAUGGAUCCCAAACUGCGCCCAUCUUUUGUGGAGAUUGGGAGGAUCCUGGAGGAAAUUAUGAGCCACCUACAGGAAGAAGAGCUGGAGAGGGAUAUCACACUGCAUCCCACACCUAAGGGACUCUUGGACAAAGUGCGUGGGGGGAAGCGACUGAGCUCAUUGGAUGACAAGAUUCCCUACAAGUCACCGCGUCCAAGACGUACUAUCUGGCUGUCUAGAAGCCAGUCAGACAUCUUCUCUUGUAAGCCCUCACAUACAGUGAGUGUCUUGGACCCUUACUACCAGCCACGAGAUGGUGCUACUCGCACCCCCAAAGUCAAUCCUUUCAUUGCUCGUCAGGAUCUCAAGGGUGGCAAGAUCAAGCUCUUUGAUGUACCCAGCAAGUCUGUCAUCUCCCUGGUAUUUGACCUGAAUGCCCCAGGGCCUGCAACUAUGCCCCUGGCUGAUUGGCAAGAGCCCCUGGCCCUACCUGCCCGCCGGUGGCGUUCUUUGCCUGGUUCACUUGAGUGCUUGGGUCAAGAGGCCUGUCCAUUUGUGGGCCGUGAAGAAUCACUAUCUGAUGGGCCCCCACCACGCCUCAAUAGUGUCAAGUACAAAGUAAGAGAGAUCCCACCAUUCCGGGCAUCUGCCCUACCAGCUGCUUCAGCCCAUGAGGCCAUGGACUGCUCCAACAUCCAGGAAGAAAAUGGUUUUGGGUCCAGGCCCAAGGGGACCAGCCCAUGCCUUGGAGGUGCCUCUGAGGAGAUGGAGGUGGAAGAAGAAAGGCCAAGAGGCUUGGCUGCAGUCUUCUCCUCCGUCUCAGGCAUAGUCCUGCAAACCCAGGGAGAGCAGGAUGGGUGAAGGGAGUUAGUCUAUGCCUCACUUGGGGAUGGACCUUCAGCUGAAGCCACUAGGCCCCACUGGCUUCUGAGGGGAGCCCACAGAGCAGGCAGGCUAGGCUCAGCCUGGCUGAAAUUUUGGGCUUUCAGUGCCCAUUGGUUGCAUAUGAGAGGGGAGGCAGCAGAGAGAGGCAUUCUAAUUAGGGCCAACUGCUGAUCCCAAACCUUGGAAAUCCAGUAAGUGCCCUGGUUUCCAUCCAACCCCAGUACAUUUCCCCCAACAUGAGUCCUAGUUCUAGGUUGAGUUGGCAGGUGGUUAUUACCCUGGUUUUUCUGCUAUCCCUGGUCUCUCUUGCCCUUUCUUGGGGCAUAUAAGCUACUGGAUGGAACAUGGACUUGACCAGGCCAUAAAGGGUAUGGCUGUUUUUCAGACCUAAAGACUGGGGUGCUUCUUGCCAGUAUGUCUAAGACACUUGAAUAAUUGCUGUUUGCACUUAUUGCAUGGUCAGACCACAUCACUACAUUUCUAUGCAAGGGGGUGGGGGUGGGCAGCAAGGCAACAUGGUGGUCAUGGCUCUUAGCUAACCUAUUCAAAGACCUUUUCCAGUUGAUUAAUCUAUUUUCAUAUUUAUAAUGGAGUCUUAAUGUCUGCCUCUAAGACUUUCAACCUUGUGGUUGGGAGUGGGGCUGGUUUUGUAGGCCCUAGGGUCUGCUCUAUGUAUUUGUCAACAGGUGAUACAACCAGUUGGUUGAAUGGUUUAUAUUUGGACUGAUUUUCUUCCCUUCCUGCUAUAGCUGGAGCUUUGGGAACAGUCUGUCCUUACAGAACCGCAAUAAGAAAUAACCAAAGAAUGAAGUUGGUCAAAUAUUUUCAUAACUUGUUUCUGUUGAUUUUUUUGUAAAACUUUCCCAAGAUACUUUCAGAUUUAAAUAUAAAUAAAGUUGAUAUUGCAGGU